AUGAAUCCUUGGGAAGAAAACGGAUUGGACCAGUUCUCUGAAACGCUUGAAUCAGAUUCCUAUGGUCUGGAAGCAUUUUGUCGGCUGUUUUACGGAAAACGUCUGGAUGUUUUAUCUAUUCCGGAGGAUGCUUAUCAAACAGCAGAAAGGCUGGACCUUAAGCUCAAAGCGUAUCGAUUUCCAAGUGUACCAGAGCAGCUAAGGUCACCGCGCCUCAUACGAAUUGGAGCAAUUCAAAAUAAGUUGGUACUUCCAACAUCACGUCCUGUUGCAGAUCAG